AUUAACUAGAGAGGGUGUCUGCUGAACAAAUUGUGUGCCAAAAAAUCAUAAAAUAAAUUCCAGCUAUAAAUUUUUAUUUACGUUGGGGCUUCUUUUAAUCCGAUGCAACAAUUCAAUUGUAGCAUGUUAUUUGAGCUGGACCUAGGAAAAAAAUGCCCAAUGAAAGUGUUAUUGCUCCUCCGCCUCAACCACCGUGCCUGCAACCAAAAAACAACACACGGAAAAUCUUAUUUUACAGUCCGACCGGAGGAGAGGAGUGAGAGACCCACACCCGGAUCAGAGGAGACGGAAGGGAGAGCCGCUGAAUAAAUUAAUUACAGCAGAGCAGAGCUUCUAGAAGAGAACCAAAGACGAGAGGAAAACUCUCUUAUCUAAAACCUAGAAAGAGUGUGGUUUCAACUUUCUACGAGCUUAAUGCUUCCCUUCAUAUUCCGGACCGAAGACAUAAUUCAACCAACCAUAAAUAUUGAUGAAUAAUUCCUCUUCAUGUUUCAUGCUGCUGCUUUUCAACGUCUCGCAUCCAUCCCUUCGCGAAUUCAUAAUUUCCCUCCAAAUCCCAGCUCUACGAUCUCUCUACUCUUGCAUCAUCAAACCCAGAGCAAAGAAUAUCAACCCUCCAAUGAGCUUCUUGAUUUUGUAGAUCACCUUCUUCAGCAAUGCACCGGUGUUGAUCGCUGCAAACAAAUCCAUACCCAUGUCAUCAUCACUGGUAGCUGUUGCUCUGCUUUCUUGGCUGCCCGUAUUAUAUUCGUCUAUGCUCGUUUUGGCCUCCUCUUUGAAGCUCAAAAAGUAUUUAACAGCGCCCCUUUUGAGGGCGUGUCGAAUUUGCUUUUGUGGAAUUCAAUUUUGAGAGCUAAUGUUUCUAAUGAGUACUACGAAAAUGCCCUUAAACUGUAUGUUAGAAUGAGAAGGACAGGAGUUUUAGGCGAUGGGUUUACUUUUCCUUUGGUUUUAAGGGCAUGUGCUUCCAUGGGAAAUUCUAGUUUCUGCAAAAUAGUUCAUGGGCAUGCCUUAGAAAUGGGUUUUCAGAAUCAUCUUCAUGUUGCCAAUGAGUUGAUUGGCAUGUAUGCUAAACUGGGUCAAAUGGGAGAUGCGCACAAUGUGUUUGAUAGAAUGGGUGUAAGAAGCCAUAUUUCUUGGAAUACGAUGGUUUCGGGUUAUGCCUUGAACUAUGACUGCAACGGAGCUCUUGAGAUUUUUAAAAGGAUGCAGUCUGAAGGGGUGGAGCCAAAUCUUGUGACGUGGACAUCAUUGAUGUCAAGCCACGCACGUUCUGGUUGGCACAAGGAAGCUAUGGAGCUGUUUGAUUUGAUGAGGAUGAGAGGAAUUGAGGUGAGUGCCGAAGCACUUGCUGUGGCAUUAUCAGUUUGUGCUGAUUUGGGUGCAUUUUGUAGGGGUAAGGUGAUUCAUGGAUAUGUCAUUAAGGGAGGGUUUGAAGAUUACUCAUUUGUAAAGAAUGCAUUGUUAUGUAUGUAUGGUAAACAUGGAGAUGUAAAUAGUGCGAAUAACUUGUUUCUGGAAAUAAAAAAUAAGAGCUCAGCAAGUUGGAAUGCCUUGAUAACAUCACAUGCAGACGCUGGUUUAUGUGAUGAGGCUCUUGAAAUAUUUUCACAGAUGGAGAGAUUAGAAGAUUGUCCAACAUUGAGGCCAAAUGUUGUAAGUUGGAGUGCUGUAAUUGAUGGUUUUGCUUCCCAGGGGCGAGGAGAGGAAGCUUUGGAACUUUUUCGAAGGAUGCAGUUUGCUAAAGUAGUGGCAAAUGCUGUGACAAUUUCUACCAUUUUAUCAGUUUGUGCAGAAUUACCAGCUCUGCAUCUUGGUAGGGAAAUCCAUGGCCAUGUGAUUAGAGCAUUGAUGGACAAAAACAUUCUGGUGAAAAAUGGCUUGGUUAAUAUGUACACAAAGUGUGGAUGUCUCAGAGAAGGGCACACAGUAUUUGAGAAAAUUGAGAAGAAAGAUAUAAUCUCAUGGAACUCUAUGAUCACAGGGUAUGGGAUGCAUGGACUUGGGGUAAAUGCUCUAGAAACUUUUGAUCAAAUGAUUAAAUUGGGAUUCAAGCCAGAUAAGGUUACCUUUGUUGCUAUCAUUUCUGCUUGUAGUCACGCUGGACUUGUUCCUGAGGGUCGUAGGCUUUUUGAUCUGAUGCUUAGGGAAUAUCAGAUUGAACCCCAGAUGGAGCACUAUGCUUGCAUGGUUGAUCUCCUGGGCCGUGCAGGGUUAUUAAAAGAAGCAAGUGAAAUUGUCAAAAAUAUGUCACUAGAGCCCAAUGCUUGUGUCUGGGGUGCUCUUUUGAACUCUUGUAGAAUGCACAAAAAUACAGAAGUUGCAGAAGAAAUCGCCUCCUAUAUGUUUAGUCUCAACCUGCAUGAAACGACAGGGAAUUACAUGCUGCUUUCUAAUAUAUAUGCUGCAAGUGGUAGAUGGAAGGAUUCUGCAAGAGUGAGAACCUCAGCAAGAACAAAGGGUUUAAACAAGUAUCCUGGACAAAGUUGGAUUAAGGUUAAGAAAAAUGUUCAUGUGUUCUCUGCAGGGAACAACAUGCAAAACGGUUUGGAGCAAGUUUCUGGGAUUCUUGAGGCAUUGACACUACAAAUGGAGAGUGAAGAACAUGUUUAUGGUAAUAAUAUCAUUCCACAAGACGUAGAUGAGGUAACCAGACUGAUGAUGUGGGGAUGAACAAAAAUGCUAGCUUUGCUAGUUUUAUUUUUGCAAUAGCUUGAAUUAGAGUUUAUCUCACUUCAAAAUUAGUUAGGAUUGACCAUAACAUCAAUACAUUUUCUUUAUUGUUCUUUUAUGGGGCCAAGUUUCAUGUAACUACUGUUAAUCAACGACUAUACGACUAAUGAGAAGUGGCUGAUUGUUGAUUUGUUUUACUGUGUAC